AUGGCGGGCCGGGCGGCGCCGGGNCUGGGCGGGCUGGUGGCGGCGGCCGAGGCUUCCUCGCCGGGCUCCCCGGCGGCGCAGGUGGAGGUGACGCUGCGCGGAGGGGCCGAGCCGGGCCGGGGCUGCACCCUGCAGGGCGCGCUGCUGGGCCGGGCCGGCUUGGAGCUCCAGCCGACGGCGGCGGCGGCGGUGCGGGGCAGCCUGGUGCUGGUGAAUGACACUGACCCCAGACUGGAGGAUGAGGACACCUGGAUUGGCGUGGUGCCCGUGGAGGGGGAACAAGCAGAGGUCCCAAAGCACCACAAAGAGGAGUCUUUUGCCAGAGCUGUGGUCAACAAGAUGAAGCGGGCCCUUGUUUUGGGGGCUUCAGCCCUGCUCAUCCUUGCCCUGAACCAGAACACAAUCCGAGAGCUGGAUGUCGCCCAGGUCCUUUCAAAGCCCGUGGUGAUUGUCCAGACGUCAGAAAACGUGACCAAACUCCUCGGGGCACUGCUGCGAGGUCUUCAGGCCACCGCAAAGAUCACAUACCAAGCAGGGCUGCUGGAGAACAUGGGGCUGACGCUGACCCUGUGGUCAACAUGCGGCCUCUCGCGGGGUGGCGUGUACGCCGAGUGGCAGGGCGUUAUCUGCACGGGAGAAAACAGCUCAAAGGUCCAGAAAUACCUCCAGCAGCUGUGGAACGCCAUCCUGCUCAUCGCCUUGAUCCUGUGCACAGGUGUGAUUGUGCAGGCACAACGACACUCCCGGCACAGUCAGCUGGACCAGGAAUCGGAGCUGGAUCUUAAGCAACACAUUGCACAGAAGCUGCUGGCAUUGAAAACCAGGCGUUACCACCCUGGCAGGUCACCCCACAGCUGGGCGCAUGAGAUUGACAGCUGCGCCAUCUGCCUGGACCAGUUUCAGAAGAAUCAGUGUCUCCGGGUGUUACCCUGCCUGCACGAAUUCCACCAGGACUGCGUAGAUCCUUGGCUUCUCCUGCAGCAGACCUGCCCGCUCUGUAAACACAACAUUCUCGGGAACUGUUGCUGA